AGUCUCAGGAAGUGUGGAGGCUGUGUGAUUCCAGUCGCCGGAAGUGCGGUUUCUGUGUUUCUUGGUGAAUUUGUUGUUCGACUUUUCCGCUGCGCGAUAGUGGCAACACCUUUGCUUCAAAUUCAGCUGGAUCAAUUAGUUGUAAAAAUAUAUUAAUCAGAACUGCAUCUUCUGGAACAAGACUCUGAAUAGAGACCAGUAUGCUUCACUUCUUCCAGAGAUUUUCUGGAGCCUCUUCAAAGAUGCUAAAGUACCCUUCUACAGUGAGACUCAGAGCCAGCAGAAUAGAUAUACUUUCUUCCAAGACAUCUCUUCAGCAGAAUCUUUCCCCUUUGUCUCCAAGGACUUGGCUUUCUACAUCAUUUCAAGUGUGUAUGAAGAAGAUACAAUGCUAUCAUGCAUCACCAUGCAACUUUAAAAGACAUCAGAAGGAAGCAUUCCUUCUCUCCAAGACACCAAGCACCAUCACUUACCUACCUGAUAGCCCAAAGCCAGCAUUAUAUAUAAGUCUGGUGGGGUUAAUCCCCUUUAUUGCUCCACCAGUCACUAUGGUCAUAACAAAGUCUUAUUUCCCCAUACUAGCUUUUACUCAGAUGGCUUAUGGAGCUGGUUUCCUAGCUUUCUUGGGAGGGGUCAGAUGGGGUUAUGCUUUGCUAGAAAGUAGUCCGGCCAAACCAGACUACAUGAAUUUAGCUAGUAGUAUGAGUCCUGUUCUAUUUUCAUGGAUAGCCAUCCUCUUUUCUGAAAGACUCAGUGAAGCCAUAGUCAUAGUAAUAAUAGGUUUAGGGAUAGCAUUACAUAAUGAAACUUUCCUUCUGCCACAUUAUCCCAACUGGUUCAAAGCCUUGAGGCUAGUAAGUACUUUAGUGGCUUUUUUCUCAUUUGUAGUCACUUUAAUACUUAAAAAUAUUUAUCCAGAAAAAGGACCUAAGAGACUUAGUGAAGUAGAAAUAUAAAACUACUUUGCUAUGGAAUAAUCCUUCUGUAUACUGUGAAGAUCUGUUGUUCUCAUUAAUAAAAA